GAGCCCUGAAAGACACCACCAGAUUGCAGAAUUCUGAAUUACCUAGUAACCCAUCAUUCAAUCGCUCGUUUCCUGAUUCCCACACUAUAAAAGAGACGGCCUCCCCAGCAGAAGCAAGCCGGGAAGAGGAGAACAGGACAGCCGCCAGAACCUCUGGGAAGCCAGACAUCAAGAGAGAUGUUUCAAGUUGCGGGCCUCGUUGUCUUCUGUGGGCUGCUGGCCCAGACCACAGCGCUGCUGGAAGCCCUGCCCCUGGACAAGGCUCUGCCCUUGGCCCUGGCCCCAAGUCCCACAGAUCUUGCUGGAAGCUUGACAAGUGCUCUCAGCAAUGGCCCGCUCUCUGACGGUGUGCUGGGCAUUCUUGGAAAUCUUCCACUCUUGGACAUCCUGAAGGCUGGAGGGAACACUCCCAGUGGCCUGCUGGGAGGCCUGCUUGGGAAACUGUCUUCAACGAUCCCUCUCCUGAACAACAUCGUUGAUCUGAAGAUCACUGAUCCCCAGCUGCUGGAACUCGGCCUUGUGCAGAGCCCCGAUGGCCAUCGUCUCUAUGUCACCAUCCCUCUGGGCCUGGUCCUCAAUGUGAAAACGCCUGUGGUCGGAAGUCUGCUAAAGCUGGCCGUGAAGCUCAACAUCACUGCAGAACUCUCAGCUGUGAAAGACGAACAGGGGAAGAGCCACCUGGUCCUUGGUGACUGCACUCACUCCCCUGGCAGCCUGAAAAUCUCCCUGCUUGAUGGAUUGGGCCCCCUCUCCCCUCAAGGCCUUCUUGACAGCAUCACUGGAGUCUUGGAUAAGGUCCUUCCUGGGCUGGUGCAGGGCAAGGUGUGCCCUCUGGUCAAUGAGGUUCUCAGCCACUUGGACGUCACCUUGGUACAUUCCAUCGUCGAAGCGCUAAUCCAAGGGCAGGAAUUUGUCAUCAAAGUCUAAGCCCUCCAGCGAGGGACCUGGCCUCUCCUGAGCUGGACCAUUUCCUGCUGCCCCAUCCACUCCCUGCCCAGCACCCGAGGGCUCACAGAAGGCCAGCCCAUGUCCCGGACAAUGACACCAGGUCUGGAGACCAGAGCAGGCCUCCCUCCAAGGAACCGCUCCCCCUGCUUCCCCACCAGGCAUGUGUUACAUUCCCUGUUACUUGCGCAAUAAAAUCGCCCUUUCUCGGCA